CGUAUUCCGACAUUUAUAUGAUUAUCGCCUCUUACAGUCUUACUUCUUGGGGAAAGAAAAUCCAACAGAUCCGGCUCUCGAUUCGAUUCCGCUUCAGCUUGGUGGGGUUCACUUCUUUUGCAGAUACACAAGUAUUCCGAUUUCCCUUAUCUCAGGUUAAUUGCAACACUUUUGGCAGCACACUUGUAACAAGAAAAUACCUUCCCUAGGUAUGGAAACUGAGGAUAUGAUUGGCCUCCCUGCUUCCAGCAAUUCUAGAGAUAGCAGUGAGAGCGGUGAAAUUCACAAGUCUGGAUUUGGGUCAGGUGAAGCUGAUUCUCAGCCUAGGAAUUUUGAAGCUGAAGAAGAUGUGGGUGAUGGAGAUAGUUUGAGGCUCAAUGACGAUAUUGAUACAGAAAAAGGAAUAAGAGGCCCUGAUUGUUUGGCGCUUGUCGAAGACGAUACUGGAGCAGAAAAAAUAUUAGGAGAUUCUGAGGUUUUGGACAGCAAUGAAGAUGAUAUUGGAACAGAAGAACAUGUGACAAGAUUAGAGAACGAAGGAAUCAGUAUAGAUGAUGCUGUAACAAAAAAGAAACACAUAACAGAAUCAGAGAAUAUCAGAUUUAAUAUAGAUGAUGCUAUAACAGAAGAAGGCACAUCAAAUCCAAAUAUUUUGUUGCUCAAUCAAGAGGAUGUUAGAAAUGAAGAGGGCCAGUUUCCAGUGGAAACAGAGGUUGACAUGGAUUUGGUUGAUUCACCUGUCAUGCAAGUGAACAUUGAAGUGGCUGACACUGUUACAGUUUCUGAGAACCUGAGCAGCUUUGGCUUUAGGGUGAAUGCUCUACAAGAUCACCGUGGUACCCUAAAUGAGAGUCUUAUCAUGAUGAAUGGCGGUUCUGCGUCAGGUGUUAAGAGAGCAAGGAUUACAUACGAGGGACAACAACCUUCAGUGCAUGUUACAUAUAAUUCAUUAACAAGAUCUAGCAAACGGAAGCUGGAGGAAGUAUUACAACAGUGGUCGGAGUGGCAUGCUCAACACGGUUCAAUGUCUCAAGAGUUGGAUGAAGUGCUAGAAUCUGGCGAGGAAACAUACUUUCCUGCUCUCUGUGUUGGCAUGGAGAAAUCCUCAACGGUGUCUUUCUGGAUAGAGAAUGAACCAAAGAAACCGCGGAGCAAUGGAUAUAAUCCUUCUGAUGGUGGCACUGUGCCUCUUUAUGAUCGUGGAUUUGCUUUAGGUUUGUCUUCAACAGAUGGUCCAAGUAAUGUGGAAGGGGGCUUGGAAAUAGUGGGCGAGGCUGCUCGUUGUUUCAACUGUGGUUCUUACAGCCAUUCUCUGAAGGAGUGCCCUAAGCCUCGCAAUAAUGCUGCUGUAAAUAAUGCUCGGAAACAGCAUAAAUCCAAACGGAAUCAGGUUGCUGGAUCUCGCAAUUCUAUUCGAUAUUAUCAGAACUUGUCUGGUGGAAAAUACGAGGGGUUAAAGCCAGGUGCUUUAGAUGCUGAAACAAGGCGACUUUUGGGGAUUGGGGAGCUUGAUCCACCUCCUUGGCUCAACAGAAUGCGAGAACUGGGAUACCCACCAGGAUAUCUAGAUCCAGAUGAUGAGGAUCAGCCAUCGGGGAUCACAAUAUUUGCUGAUGAGGAUGUCCAGGAAGAACAGGAAGAUGGGGAAAUAGUUGAAACAGAAAACCCAGACCCACCAAGGAAAAAGGCUGUUGAAUUUCCAGGAAUAAAUGCACCAAUCCCUGAAAAUGCUGAUGAAAGAAUCUGGGCAGCUGGGCCUUCAGGCUAUGACCCAUCGAGGAACCGAUUACACCGUAGGUCAAACCAUUCUUCAGAAUCUAUUAGUAGAUGGAAUCACUACGAACAAAGAGGGCCUAGGGACUCCAUUGAUGAAGGGCCUCCAGGUGUUGAUCCAGUAUUUAGUCCAUCUAGAUCUAGUUAUCCUCCAAGAUAUGGUAAUCAUGAUUCUAGUUAUAAUUUGGAUAGUCCUAAGGAUUCAUUCGCUUCCCUUUCAAGGUCGCAUUCUGAUAGAGGAAAAAGGAGUCCCUUGGUAUAUGAAGAUUCCGCGAGUCAUAGUUCAUCACCAUACUCAUCUUCGAAUAAACGCACUUCACCUAAGGAUAGAUUAGAGAAUGUGACAGAUGAGAGGUGGAAUGAAUCUGGGUCGGAUUAUUUGCAUCGAAGUAAUGACGAGUAUGACCGCUAUGAGCAUGACCGGCACCGCCACCGUAAUUGGAGGUAAAUGGCAUUAUCCAUUGUUGUAACAGUAUGGAAUGUAUGUACUUUUAACUCACAGAAAAUAUUGAAAAACAGCAAGAUGGAGAAUCCGUUUUUGUUAUCUGACAGGAGAUAUUUGUUUCUCUAUCCAACAACUAGGGGAAGGGCCAAAAGGCUAUUGUACAAAAGAAUAGUGGGAUUUUGCUAAUUUCGAUUGUUUUGUAGCAAUUCAUUUGUUGAGGACCUUCUCUUUUUCUCUGUGGCAGGAUAAUCUGUUUGGAAAUAAUUGUCAACCUCAAUGUUGGCAACUUUUGUAAUUACAUUUGCAUGUUGUAACUUUUAUGGAAUUUACGCAGAUUCUGAGGGACUGAAGUUGCAAA